AUGGCUUCUAAUCCAGCAUUGCUUCGGGAAGUGAGACUACACGAGAAUCACACUGAAAGAGAACAAAUGGAAAAUAUGAGCGAACUAUUUGCUGUCUUGAAUGCGCUCGAAUGUUUAGAGAAAAUGUUUAGCAGAGACUACAUCUCGCAUGAAGAGUACAAAGUUGAAUGUUUCAAACUUCUCGAUCAAUAUAAGGUGGCGAUGCGAUUAGUGCAUGGAACGGAUGUGGAAGCUUUUGCAGCAAAAUAUCGUUUACACUGCCCCGCAGCCUUAGAACGUAUCCACGAAGGUCGCCCGAUAACUGUCAAGGAUGAUAAGGGAAAUCUACUCAAGAAUAUAGCAGUCAUUGUUGAGGUAUUCAUCACUUUCUUCGAUCAGCUAAAGCUAAAUGUACGAGCAGUGGACGAACUUUAUCCAAAUCUCAACGAACUAUACACUUCUAUUAAUGCAAUGAGCAGCCUACCAGAAGACUUCGAUGGUAAGGCGAAGGUAAAGGCAUGGCAUGAUCGUCUUUCAAAGAUGUCUGCGUCCGAAGAAAUUACUGACGAAGAAGCUCGACAAAUGAUUUUUGAACUCGAAGGAGCGUACUCCUCUUUUAUAAAAUUCCUACACAAUCAACAACAUUAG